UUGCUUCGCUUGUAAAAAUUUUGGUUGGUCCAUCAUUUUAGGCUAUUUUACCCAGCGAACUCCAAGGGACUCUUGGCUUGAAGCACAGACUGGAAUCGGUAUGCAUUUCCAGGAGGCCGGUCGCACCGUUCUGCUACGCGGUGUCAAUUUGGCCGACGCCAAAUUCCCACCGACCCGACCAACAUAUCGACUCGAAUCAUUGGAAGAUGCCGCUAAUUGUUCAUAUAUUGGGGCUCCCCUCAAGUUGGAAGAGGCCCCGGCGCACUUGCAGAAGCUUCGGUGGCUAGGGUUCAAUGUCCUGAGAUUGCCUGUUGUGUGGGAGGCGCUAGAGCAUGAAGGGCCCGGCAUUUACGACGAUGAAUAUAUCGAAUAUAUUCGACAGCUCCUACAGAUCUGUGUCGAGCAUGGCUUCAAGGUUAUCAUCAAUCCGCAUCAGGAUCUUUGGUCAAGGCACGUUGGUGGUAGCGGGGCGCCGUUAUGGACUAUUCAUGCAUGCGGACUAAACCCCGACAACUUCGGCUUGACCCAUGCUGCCAUUCGCUAUUGUGACUGGCCUGUGGAAAGUGACGAGAAAGAUCCGAAAUCUAUGCCACCGAUGAUGUGGGCGACGAAUCACAACAGACUUGCGACAUGUACAUUAUUCGCGCUGUUCUUCGGUGGACGGGACUUUGCCCCGAAGUGCCAAAUUAAUGGUAUUAAUAUUCAAGACUAUUUGCAGAAGCAUUACUUCGCCGCAUAUGGUCGACUAGCUGAGCGACUGGGAGACCUACCGUUCGCUUAUGAUAGCAUGAAUGAGCCGGAGCCUGGUUAUAUUGGGCUUCAAGAUUUGAGUAAAUCUGAGCGCUCUGACACCGCAAAAUUUGGAAGCAACCCGACACCUAUUCAUGGCAUGCGACUGUCAAUGGGCAUGCCGCAAGAGGUGCAUGAGUUCAGACUAGGCUCAACUGGUCCGCACAAGACGGGCAAGAUGUCUAUUAUGCCUGAGAAUUCAUGUUGGCUGCAACAGGAGGACAAGAGGUGGAAAUGGGAACGAUCUUCAAAGUGGCCUCUCGGUACCUGCGUUUGGGCUCUUCAUGGCGUAUGGAGCUUGGAAACUGGGGAGCUCAACAAAUCAGACUAUUUUGCCAAGUUGCCAAAGACAUCCUACGCUGCAACAAAAAAAGAGAACCAAUCUAAUGGCCAGCUGUCUUUCAUAUCAUCUUAUUGGCAGGAGUUCCAUCAGCAAUGGACUCAGACGAUACGGGAUUACUCUCAGAAGUCUAUUGUCUUUACCCAGCCUAGCGUUUUUGAUCCGCCGCCACCGAGAGACGAGCCCUUGACUGCGUAUAGCCCUCAUUACUACGACGGUUUGACUAUCAUGCAGAAACACUGGCACGAAAGGUGGAAUGCAGACGUCGUUGGGAUUCUGAGAGGACACUAUAGGUCCAAGGUGUUUGGUCUUCGCGUGGGCAAGGACAAUGUUAGGAGGCUCAUCUCGAGCCAGAUAGGAGAGUUGGCGAAGGACGCGAAGACGCCGACUCUCCUAGGCGAGACCGGCAUUCCUUUCAAUCUCGACGACUCGAAGGCUUAUCAUGACGGCGACUAUACGGAUCAGAUCAAAGCAAUGGAUGCGAUCCUAAGCGGUUGCGAUGACCAUCUACUCAACUACACGCUCUGGGCUUAUUCAGCUGUAAACAGCCAUGAAUGGGGAGAUCAUUGGAAUGGAGAGGACUUGUCUAUAUAUUGCGAGGAGACAGGCUCAUUCCCAACCCACCCAAUGCUCUUCGGCUUCAGAGGUGCGGCGGCUUGGUGCCGCCCUUAUGUACAGUCACUCGUGGGUGAGCCUCUGUCUAUGUCUUUCGACGUGAGAUCUGGUGCGUUCACAUUGGAGAUAAAAUCUAAAGAGCCUGGUGACGCCGUUGUGUAUCUACCAUGGCUGCAUUACCGAGAAUCUGAUGGCUCUAAGAAACUGAGUAUAGAAGCGACGGUUUCCGAAGGCGAGUGGUCAAUACAAGACCAGAUUUUUGUUUGGAGGUAUGAGAAGGGCGGCAAGCUGGAGGUCCAUAGAACUGGGAAUCCUCUGACUCUAGAGCAAGUGGGCACCAUUGUCAGAUAAACCUGUUUGCACAAAAAUAUAAACUUG